CCCUCAUCUUCAUACCCAAUUUACUUUGUCCCCUCAGACCUGCCAUCGCGUCUGUUGGACUCCGCGUUUUCUUGUUCUCUUUUACCAUCUCUUUGAUUUUCCCCAUCCCUGUCGCCGGACUUCAAAAUGAGCACGGAGCCCGAUCACACCCACGAUAAGAAGAGGGUCAACCUCAAUGACGCCUCUGGCGCCGAGAAGAAAGAGGAACUCGACACCUCGACAGCUAUCCUCAAGAAGAAGAAGAAGCCCAACUCGUUGAUUGUCACCGAUGCCGUCAACGAUGACAACUCCGUCAUUGCCCUCUCCAACAACACCAUGGAUACCCUUCAGCUCUUCCGCGGUGACACAGUCUUGGUCAAGGGCAAGAAGCGGAAAGACACCGUUCUGAUUGUGCUGGCCGACGACGAUCUCGAUGACGGAAGUGCUCGUAUCAACCGUGUUGUCCGUCACAACCUCCGCGUCAAGCAUGGCGAUGUCAUCACGGUUCACCCUUGCCCCGACAUCAAAUACGCCAAGCGUAUUGCUGUUCUCCCCAUCGCCGACACCGUCGAGGGUCUUACCGGAUCUCUCUUCGAUGUCUACCUCGCCCCAUACUUCCGCGAAGCCUACCGACCCGUGAGACAGGGAGACCUGUUCACGGUAAGAGGUGGUAUGAGACAAGUGGAAUUCAAGGUCGUCGAGGUGGAUCCCCCGGAGUACGGUAUCGUUGCGCAGGACACCAUCAUCCACUGCGAGGGUGAGCCCAUCCAGCGAGAGGACGAGGAGGGUAACCUCAACGAGGUCGGCUACGAUGACAUCGGUGGUUGCCGCAAGCAGAUGGCUCAGAUCCGUGAGUUGGUCGAGCUGCCCCUGCGUCACCCCCAGCUCUUCAAGUCCAUCGGUAUCAAGCCCCCCCGUGGUAUCCUCAUGUAUGGUCCUCCCGGUACCGGUAAGACCCUGAUGGCUCGUGCCGUGGCCAACGAGACCGGUGCCUUCUUCUUCCUGAUCAACGGUCCCGAGAUCAUGUCCAAGAUGGCCGGUGAGUCCGAGUCGAAUCUGCGCAAGGCCUUCGAGGAGGCGGAGAAGAACUCCCCCGCCAUCAUCUUCAUCGACGAAAUCGACUCCAUCGCCCCCAAGCGUGAGAAGACCAACGGAGAGGUCGAGCGCCGUGUCGUCUCGCAGCUCCUGACUCUGAUGGACGGCAUGAAGGCCCGCUCUAACGUCGUCGUCAUGGCUGCCACCAACCGCCCCAACUCCAUCGACCCCGCCCUGCGUCGUUUCGGCCGUUUCGACCGUGAGGUCGACAUCGGUAUUCCCGACCCCACCGGUCGUCUGGAGAUCAUGCAGAUCCACACCAAGAACAUGAAGCUCGGAGAGGAUGUCGACCUGGAGACCAUCGCCGCCGACACCCACGGUUACGUUGGAUCCGAUCUUGCCUCCCUGUGCUCCGAGGCCGCCAUGCAGCAGAUCCGUGAGAAGAUGGAUCUGAUCGAUCUCGACGAGGACACGAUCGAGGCCGAGGUGCUCGACUCGCUGGGUGUCACCAUGGAGAACUUCCGCUUCGCCCUUGGUGUCUCCAACCCCUCCGCCCUGCGCGAGGUUGCCGUUGUCGAGGUUCCCAACGUACGCUGGGAGGACAUUGGUGGUCUGGAGGAGGUCAAGCGCGAGCUCAUCGAGAGCGUCCAGUACCCCGUGGACCACCCCGAAAAAUUCCAGAAGUUCGGUCUGUCGCCCUCCCGAGGUGUGCUGUUCUAUGGUCCUCCCGGUACGGGUAAGACCAUGCUCGCCAAGGCCGUUGCCAACGAGUGUGCUGCCAACUUCAUUUCCGUCAAGGGCCCUGAGCUGCUGAGUAUGUGGUUCGGUGAGUCGGAGAGCAACAUCCGUGAUAUCUUCGACAAGGCCCGUGCCGCCGCUCCUUGCGUUGUUUUCCUCGACGAGUUGGACUCGAUUGCCAAGUCCCGUGGUGGAUCCGUCGGCGAUGCUGGUGGUGCUUCGGACCGUGUUGUCAACCAGCUUCUGACUGAAAUGGAUGGUAUGACCUCCAAGAAGAACGUCUUCGUCAUCGGUGCCACGAAUCGACCCGAGCAGCUGGAUGCCGCUCUUGUCCGUCCCGGUCGUCUCGACACCCUGGUCUACGUGCCUCUGCCCGACCAGGCUUCCCGUGAGGGUAUCCUCAAGGCCCAGCUCCGCAAGACCCCCGUGGCCGGCGACAUCGACAUGUCGUUCAUCGCCAGCAAGACGCACGGAUUCUCCGGUGCCGAUCUUGGCUUCGUUACCCAGCGGGCGGUCAAGCUUGCCAUCAAGCAGUCGAUCUCCGCCGACAUCGAGCGCCAGAAGCAGCGCGAGGCCAACGGCGAGGAUGUCAAGAUGGAUGAGGAUGAGGACCUGGACGAGGAGGACCCCGUGCCCGAGCUGACCCGCGCCCACUUCGAGGAGGCCAUGAAGUCUGCUCGCCGAUCCGUCAGCGACGUGGAGAUCCGCCGGUACGAGGCGUUCGCGCAGAGCCUGAAGAACUCGGGCGGCAGCAGCUUCUUCCGCUUCCCGUCUGCGGGCGAGGUUGAGGACAACAACACGUUCGGGGAAGCCGGCAAUGAUGACAGCCUCUACGAUUAAAUUUUUGUUUGUUCAUUUCGUUUACUUUCAUGUCCUUUAAUGUUUCCAAAGUUUGUUACCUAUCUAUCGACCGGCACUAGUUAGAUCUAGCGAGAUGGCCUGAGGUGUUUGAUGAGAACAACUGGGAAUGUUACUUGGUUCUGGUCUUUUCAUCUAGACGGACAUCACCUGUGUCUACUUGCCUGAUAUAAUAGUUCCUCAUGGAAUCCAUUCAUCUUGAG